AUGAAGACGUUACUUGUGCUGUGCUCAUUCCUGAUAUUUGGAGUGUCGAAUGGACAGGGGGGUAUGAUACAAUACAGAACAAUGAUUAAGCAUUUGACAGGAUACUCUUACUCCAAGAUGUUUGAAAAUUAUGGCUGCUCCUGUGACAAUAGGGACAAUGUGAGUCCAGAGGACCAUGUUGACAGGUGCUGUUGGAGACAUAAAUGUUGCUAUAAGAUGAUAGGUGCUAAAUGUGGCGCUGAAUGGCGUCCUUAUGACUAUUCCUUUGAGGCAAAUGAUUUACAUUGUGACACUUCGAGUUUAUGUAAGAAUAAAAUCUGUAUUUGUGACAUGAAUUUUGCCUACUGUUUGAAGUUUCAGCUGCUUCAUUUCAGUUGGAAAAUAAGAAAAUAUGACCGUAGGAAAUGCAAUCAGUCUAACUCUACAUGUCCUGCCAGUAUACAAUUUCCUGCAGCAUCUAGGCUUUCAUAA